GCAUUAGAAAAAAAAUACUCGCGGUGAAACCUCAACUUCGUUACUCGUCACUUCCAAUCGAUCGAGCAUUAUAUGGCGCUUUUUCUUAGAUUUCUUGUCGACUAAAACUGAGACUUACUGGAGCAAGAAAAUGAGAAGUCGGAAGGCCAUUGUCGAGGCUUUUACUGUAGGUCAGCUUACUCCUCAGUCAUCCCAACAGUAACGAUGGAAACCGGACUUCUUUAAUCGUAUGAGUCGUGCACGAAUCUCGCCUGUGUAGUGGAAGUGAGAUUGUCAUUUCAAUACAUACCUGAGACGUAAUCAUUGAUUACUUGUUCAGGGGAAAUAUCUUUCUCAUUAACGUCUAAUAUCAUCGCGGUGUUACAAACUCGCUCACCGAUAUGUACUUUUCUAAAAAGUAAGGAGGACUUAUAGAAUUUCACCAGAGAGACUAGACUUAGAGCCACUAUACCUAUCUCCCGUAUUGAUGUGGUUGUGGCUGUUCAUUUUCAUUCAUUUGAAAUUCAGCGAGGGACAGGUAGGGUCAAUCCCGCCGGUGCCGCGAAUAAACAUUCUUGUUAAUCGUUUAUGGCUGUCAUUAUGAAUUCGGGAAGUUGAUUUAGCAUAAUUAUUCGUCCCCGAGUUGUGAAUUUUGGAAUACCGCAGAGUACAUGUGGGAGCUAUUUUGAUGUGCUCUGUGAUCUUCGGAUUUCAUUGUUAAUCCUUUAAUUAAAGGAAUGGAGCAUCCUCGUAAAGAUUUUAACUGCAAUGGUGCUGUGAAACAUAGCCCAGAAGAACGCGCACCUUGUCUAGAACCUACUAUGAAAACUAAGAAGAAUUCUUUGGACAAAGUGGAUGUGACAGUACAUUUAUACAAUAACACGGGCUGCUCCGGCCAGUGGACAUCCCGGGAAAAGUACCUGACCGCUGUCUGUGUGCUGCUGUUUUGUGCCUGUAUUGCGUUUGUUGCUGUUGCUUUCAUCCGGGACCGUGAAGAUACAUCUUCCAGCGUUUGUUUAACAACUGACUGUAUUGAAACUGCUGCCCAACUGCUCCAGUCCAUGGAUCGAACGGCGGACCCAUGCCAAGACUUCUACCAAUACGCCUGCGGCAACUGGAACAAAAAACACAUCAUUCCAGACGAUAGGCCUAGUUUUAAUACGUUUGAGAAACUCCAUGAUGACUUACAGAUUAAACUUAGAAGCUUGUUGGAAGAGGGAAUACAAGAUUAUGACAGCGUAGCGACAUCAAAAGCUAAACAUCUCUACAAGUCUUGUAUUAAUACAAGUAGAAUAGAAGCGGUCGGCGAUGCGCCGUUACAUCAGAUGAUUUCCCUGCUGGGGGGAUGGCCGGUUGUUGAGAAAAAUUGGAAGGAGGACAGCUUCGUCGUUGAGGAGUCCCUGGGUCUGGUGAGGGCUAACUUCACCAGCAUCAUCAUCAUCUUCUGUUCCGUGGCUGCAGACGACAAGAACUCCUCAUCCAAUAUUAUACAGAUAGACCAGCCUGACUUUGGGAUGCCGAGCCGGGAGUACUACCUUAACGACCGGGUGUCUGACUACAUCCACGCCUAUCUGCAGUACAUGGUGGACACGGCCGUUCUGUUCGGGGCCAAUCAGACAGACGCCGAGAGAGACAUGUAUCAAGUGCUGCAGUUUGAAACAAAGAUCGCUAAUAUUACCAAACCGUCUUCCGAGCGACAUGACACUGGUGCCAUCUACAAUAAGAUGUCUAUUGGAGAUCUUGCGAGAGAUGUUCCGAAAUUUCAAUGGAUGCAAUACUUUUCAAAGUUCCUGCCCUAUUCCCUAAGCAAUGAUGAAAAACUUGUAUCCUUUGCGCCAGAAUACAUGAAAGAUAUAGCAGACUUGUUGUCCAAGACUGAUAAAAGAACAAUAGCAAACUAUGUUGUUUGGAGAGUUGUGUUGGAAUUUAUGCCAGAUCUACCUGAGGUAUAUCAAAAGGUCCGGCGGAACUACAGAGCCCGAUCACAGGGAAUAACUCGAGAUAAGCCUCGGUGGCAGAAAUGCGUCGAGUUGACGAAUGAAGAAAUGGGGAUGGCAGUAGGCGCCAUGUUUAUUCGAGAGAAUUUUAAAAAAGAGAGCAAAGACGCUGCAUUGCACAUGAUUCACAAUCUAAGGGAAGCCUUUAACGAUCUCUUAAAUGAGAAUGAUUGGAUGGACGAGUCUACGCGAAAGGUCGCAAGGGUCAAGGCGUAUGCUAUGAAUGAAAGAAUUGGGUAUCCUGAUUUCAUUAAAAACGAAUCCAAACUUAAUGAAAAAUACGAAAAGCUUCAAGUUGGAUCUGAUUACUUUUCAAACAUUGUCAAUACCAAACGGUUUGAGGUUCAUUCUGCGAUGAUCAAGCUCCGAAAAACUGUCGACAAGGACCAAUGGGAGCAAGACCCUGCGGUAGUGAAUGCCUUUUACAAUCCCAAUACGAACGACAUAGUUUUCCCAGCCGGGAUCCUACAGCCUCCAUUUUAUAGCGACAAGUUCCCCAAAUCUUUGAAUUAUGGCGGCAUUGGAGUAGUUAUCGGGCAUGAAAUCACACAUGGCUUUGAUGAUAAAGGUCGACAGUACGACAUGUCUGGUAAUUUGAAGCAAUGGUGGAAAAACGAGACGAUAGACGCUUUUAGACAGCGAGCCCAGUGCAUGAUUGACCAGUAUUCCAGCUACAAGUUGGAGCAAAUAGGCCUCAAUAUUGAUGGGAAAAACACGCAAGGCGAAAAUAUUGCCGACAAUGGUGGACUGAAGCAAGCUUAUCGGGCCUACAAAAAAGGGUUAGAAGAGUAUGGUCCAGAAAAAGACCUUCCAGGAAUCGGAUUGACGCAUCAGCAGUUGUUUUUCCUUAACUACGCACAGAUUUGGUGUGGAAGCAUGCGUGACGAGGAGGCUCUGGAGAAAAUUCGGACGUCUGUCCAUAGUCCAGGAUCUAUCAGGGUCCUGGGUCCAUUGUCUAAUUCCUAUGAUUUCUCUGAGGCUUACCAGUGUCCGCUAGGAAGUCCGAUGAACCCGGAAAAAAAGUGUCAUAUUUGGUGACCUAAAUUGUACUCACUUCCCUUCAGUAUACAGGGGAGCCCUUCCUUUUAUGCCAGACACGCGCUGAUUUAGCGAUGGCUACUGGCAGCAAGCGACGAGUUUUGAAUUGCAAUGUAAGAGAGGACGGACUACUUUGUCUAAUAUCUUGAAGCAUUGCUAGCGUAUCACAACCAAGUAUUUGGUCUCUCAUAUUCGACAACCAAUACUG